AUGAGUCCCGAAGAACGUCAGGCUCUGUUUGCCAAUGUUGUUGGGGUUGUAAGAGGCUCGUCAGCACUCGCUGCCCAGGAUAUCGAUUUUUAUAAAAGUCUAGAUAAAAAUAUCAAUGAGUCUGUAUCAGACGUGACAUCUGAUCUGGUGUCCAUGAUUAACUCCGUGUUAUCAUCUAUUGAUGAACAUUGCGAACCUUUAGAUAACGAUAAGGAAUCCUUUAAGAACUCUUGGAGUGAUAUGGGUAAUAUAAUAGAUAAUCUAUUUGAGAAAUCGGACCGUUCAUUAGACAUUCUAAACAAAAGAUUGAGUGUCUCUGGAGAUAAAUUGAAUGGUCCAAAUAUGCAAUUCCUUGACCAAUUCGGUGGGAAUGAAGAAGGUGGGAAGGUUAAGAUUGAAAAACCUCAACUAAAUUUUAAAACUCCAAUAGAUAACAGUGAAUCUCAUCCAUUCCACCCUCUUCUUAAGGAGAAACCUAAUGCCUUGAUACCAUUAGAAGAAUCUAUCAUCUUGGUUCCUGCUAAAGAAGAUGAGCCCGAACAUUAUAUACAUCCAUAUGAAUAUGAGAUUGACCAUCAAGAAUAUAACCAGAAUAUAUUAAAGAUUGAAGAACCAAUUCCUUCUACAAAUUGGGAUGAAACAGAUGCUGUAUGGGUGGAUAAUGUAGAAACGUUACAACAAAUGAUAUCCGAAUUAAAACAUUUCAAAGAAUUAGCUGUCGAUUUGGAACAUCAUGAUUAUAGAAGUUAUUACGGUAUUGUAUGUUUGAUGCAAAUCAGUACAAGAGAAAAAGAUUAUUUAGUAGAUACCUUGAGUCUAAGAGAAGAAUUACAUAUAUUGAAUGAAAUUUUCACUGAUCCUCAGGUUACAAAAGUAUUACAUGGUGCAUUUAUGGAUAUAAUUUGGUUACAACGUGAUUUAGGUCUAUAUAUUGUGAGUUUAUUUGAUACAUUCCAUGCCUCUAAAGCUAUGGGCUUACCAAGACAUAGUCUUGCGUACCUAUUAGAGAAAUUUGCACAUUUUAAGACAUCAAAAAAAUAUCAAUUAUCAGAUUGGAGGACAAGACCACUGUCUAAGGGAAAGACGGCAUAUGCAAGAGCUGAUACCCAUUUCUUACUAAACAUAUUUGAUCAAGUGAAAAACAAACUGAUAGAAUCAAGUAAAUUAGCUGGUGUUUUAAAAGAUUCCAGAGAAGUUGCAAAGAGAAGAUUUGAAUAUUCCAAAUUUAGACCAACACAUUUUUCUAAUACUGUUUAUUCUGUUACAUCAGAUCAAUAUCCAUGGAAAAAUAUCAUGUUUAAAUAUAAUAUUCCUAAAGACAAAGAAUUAUUGGUUAAGGAAUUAUACAAUUGGAGAGAUCUAAUUGCUAGACGUGAUGAUGAAUCUCCAAGAUAUGUUAUGCCCAAUCAAAUUAUUGCAUCACUAGUUGCAUACACGCCAACCGAUGCAGUUGGAGUUGUCUCUGUUAAUAAUAUGGUAACUGACUACGUAAGAUCUAAUUCUAAGAUAUUAGCUAACAUGAUUAAGGAUUGCUUAGUGAAAAUGAAAGAACAAGGCUCAAUUUUGUCGGAGGGAAACAUUUCUGUAUCAGACAAAGUGAAUUAUAAUAACAAUGAUAGUAACAACGUCAAUAAAGUAUCGACAUCUCAAAUACAAUCAUGGAAUUGUAUUUUUGAUACUUUAGUGAAUGAUAUUAACACGGUCACUCCAAAAGUGGCAAGUAUCACAGAUGAACUGCUAACAACCUCUAAAUAUUUUGGAGAAUUAUUAAAUGAUAAAGUAAUUAAAUAUGGAGAACAAGAUAAUGGGGAAAAAUCCGUAGUAUCAAACAAUGAAUUAGAAGAACGUAGAUCAGAAUAUAAAAAACAAUUAAGUCAAUUGGAAGACAUUGAUCUGGAGAUACCUGUCACCAAGAUUGAGCCUACUGUUGAGUUAAGAUCAGAAAUUUCUGAAGAGAAACCAAAUGAAGUAUCUGUUGAAAAGAUGGAAGAGACAUUAACACCAAGCGAAGAUUUAGAUGAAAUUAUAGUCCUCAGAAAGGUCAGGAGAGACAACAACAAAUCUUCAGGAACAAAGGAUAGAAAUAUCAAUGAUGAUGAACUUGAGACUGUUGACUAUAGUAAAAGUGCUAAAUUAUUGUCAAAUGAUACUACAAAGAGAAAGAGAAAGAAUACCAAACGUAAAUUUGAUCCCUUCUCUUCUAUCCAGGAAGGUCCAAAGGGUAUUAAGAAGAGAAAAGCUGGAACUAGAGGUAAAAAUGUAUCGUUCAAGCGUUAA